UGAUUGUUGUGAAGAUGGCGGAGGGGGAGACAGAGAAGGAAUAUGACACACGGAAAGCUCUCGAGGAGCUCCGAGAGCGGUUCCAGGGUCUGACCACAGCUUUGAAAGAGAGCUCGCAGUCUCCGUUGGAAGCCUCUCUGCGUUUCUGCCAGGAGUUUUGCCAGGUUAGCCCGUUCUCCUGCUGCUCAUCCCGGCCAGCCUGCAGCCCCUCUGGCUUCCUGGCCGAGGAUGCGCGUCUACUGUGUUGGGUUCGCAGGAGCUGUGCGGAGCUGUUGCUCUUAAUGCCCCAGCAUGUCCCUGGUGCCUUAUGGGAGGGGUUUCAGUCCUCCAUGAAGUUGGCACACAGCCUCUUGCAAGAAAGUGGGAGCACACAGCUUUGCCUCCUCUCAAUUCUAGCGCAACAGGACGGCGUCUGGUCCAACGACACACUAAGCAGCAUCAUGUCCAAUCAAAUCCCUCAAACUGAGCAAGUUCAUGAGUAUCUUGAGUUGGAAGGUGCCACGCUUCUGAAUAUGAGAAUAAAGCAUCUAAUCAAAGUGGACAGUGUUGAUAAAGCUGCUGUACUCGCAAAAAUGUGCUCAGAGUAUCCGGGAUAUGAAGGAAAGGGAAACUUCAAGCAAACCUACUUGCUUUGCAUCUGCAUGACCAAAAGUCAGGAGCAGCUAAUGGACGAGAUUGCAUCAAUAGACUGUAAAGAUGAAUCCAACCGAAAGCAAUCUCUCACAAUAAUAUGCACAAAGAUACCCUCACUGUUGAGCACAUUGCAGAGGCAGACUCUGUGUUUAGUACUUAAGGAAAGAUAG